AUGCCAACUGUGGACGAGGAGAUUGGUCUAGGACGAGAUGAUGACUUAUCGCCUCUGGAGCGAAUCGCCUCGCCCGCAAGGAGGGAUGUUCAAAUAGAUGGACUUACCGCGUCAGACACAGAAGAUGACGAGGAAGCAUUGAUCCUGCAUGCUCGAAGACGAAACAUCAGACGACAAGCUGAGUAUCAAGAAGCCCUCGGACGAGAGCAAGAACGGUUAAGGAGAGUACAACUGGGACGAGAAGCGGUUAUCGGGGUCGAUCCGGUGACAUCGACUCAGAUACCUCCCAAUAUACUUCCUCCACCACCUGUGACGAUGACACCACCCCCUUCUCAUCUAGGCCAUCCAAAUGGUCAUUCCAGCCAUGUGAGCACAGAUCCAACACUGACCGCGAUUCUAGAAAGCCAAAGAAGGCAAGAGGCGGCUUUAAGAGAUCUUCGGCAGAGGAAUCUGGCUCUAGAGUUCGAGAACUAUCAAUUACGUAACUUAAGGCCGAUGUCGAGAGGAUCCUCAAGUCGUGGAACAUCGGGUCACCAAGGCCGAAUCAGGCAAGCACCACCUGCAGUAGGACCAAAAAAUUCCGGUCGAUCGGGACCACCCCUGACACCACCUGUCAAGGGAUACGGACCACCCGAUGAUUCAUCAACAAACGACGAAAGGAGAGAAAUGAACAAUCAGCAGAGAAACACAAGGUCCGAUAAUGCGACUGAAGCCAAGCUGAGAGAGUUGGAGGAGAAGAUAAAGAAGAUGUCAGGAACCGGUGAAGAAGACAAGCUCUCCGAGGUUAUAAGCGAGGCCGAGAGGACCCCUUUCACCCAAGAGCUAGAACUAAGGGCCUUCCCACCUAAGUGCACGCUCCCCAAUUUCCCAUCGAGGCGAGGCAAGGAAUGGUUCUACAACCUCGCACCAGGAACAGUCAACAGUUAUGAGAAUCUAGUCGAAGCCUUCCUUGACACAUACAUGCACAACAACAGACCUCGGCCCAAGGUCAACAGGUUAUUCACCUUGGCCCCACGGUUCAGAGAACCUCUCAGAUCAUUGACCGAUAGAUGGAGAAAUUUGUGUACAGAGAUUGGGAAAGUACCCGUCGACCAGCAGAUAUUCGGGUUUGAAAACACACUUGGGAGAUCGGAUCCCAUCUGGGUAGCCAUGUUCACUGAGAAACCACAAACGUUGAAAGAAAUGAGGAAAAUGAAAGAGCAUUUCAUCUCCCUAGAAGAAAUCCAUGAAGAGUCAAGAGAUAGAGGAGUGCAAGAAGCUAGUGCAGCGCCCGAGUCAACGUCGGACGAUACUCAAAGACGGCCCGAGAAGAUACCGAGUCCGCCCGUGCGAGGAAAUGGGAAGAAGGGAUGGAUAACUAAAGGGAAGAGGCCAAGGCACGAGGCGAGAACGUACACCCCUUUGAAUGCUCCACUGGAAGAAAUCUUCAAAGAAGUCGAAAAAAUGAGUGACAUCAUAUACCCAGCUUCAAGAGGGAUACAGUUCGAAGAGACCAAGGAUCACCCGGAAUAUUGCCAUUAUCAUCAGUAUCGAGGCCACUCUACAAAAAACUGUCGAGAAGUAAAAUAUAUCGUGAAACACCUUAUCAGAGAUGGUUAUCUGAGACAGUUCGUCCGACAUCCAGCCCAGACGACCGCAGCGCCCAAUGCACCAGUCCAUCAGGUUCGGAUCGACAGAUCCACGCAGUUUGUCAACACGAUUUCUCAUUCCGCCACUCAAGCGUACAAUCUGAAUCCCGGAAUAGUGUCUAGAAUCCACAAGAGGAAUCAUAGUGGGAAGGAAAUUUUCAGCGUAGCAAAAUCUUUUCCUAUGGAACCAUGGAUGGUGCGAACUAUCUUUUUCUCGGCCCAGGAUGUCCCGAUGAACGACCAAGCUCACAGUGAUCCUUUGGUUAUUACCCUACUAAUUGAGGAAUGGGGGGUAAGAAGGAUAUUAGUAGAUAGUGGGAGCUCCGUCGAAGUACUCUUCUACGAUACGUUCAAAAGGAUGGAGUUGUCGGAUGAUAUACUCAUCCCGUCAACAUAUCGUAUAUACGGUUUUAAUGGGAUGGUAACCAUCCCGAAGGGAGAAGUAACUCUAAGGGUAUCGUAUGGAGGUGGCUACCUGGAUACUUUAAACACAUUUUAUGUGGUGGAUGUCGCCUCUACCUAUGAAUAUAUUAUCGGAAGACCAUGGAUCGCGGGAAUCAAAGGAGUGGCAUCGGCCUAUCAUCAAAGAUUACGGUUCCCAACGUACAAGGGGAUAGCAGAAGUCGUAGGAGAUCCACAAGCAUCCCGACAGUGCAUGCAGGCCGACACCCAGAUAAAUGAGGAGCGGCGAGCACGACAAAGGGGAGAGAAGAAAAAGGCUAAAGAAGCCAAAGUCGCAGAAGAACUGGAAAAGGUUAUUUCGCAAGCGGUCAUGGCUUACGAAGCAGAAGGAAGCGAGCCUUCAUAG